AUGGCUCCCAUGGCGGUGCCAACCGAGCAGCACCACCACCGGAAUACGACGAAGAAAGCGAACAAGGUCUUCAAGUCCAAGCAUAUGACCAAGGGUGCUCUCAAGGAUCUCUCUAAAGGAAAAAUCGAGAUCGAGAGGGGCAGCCGCAAGACUCCCCACCAGCAGCUCAUGUCGAAGAUGCAGAGACGAAACCAGGCCGAGCAGAAGAAGAGACUGAAGUCUAAGGCCAAGUCCGAGGCCGUCAGUAUAUUCUCCGGCCAGCAUGGAGCACCUAGACAUGUGGCGGUUAUACCGGUUUCAGAGGGGGUUGACUUGGAUGCUGCAGUGCUACAGCUCAACAAGAGCGUUGAUGUGCCUGAUAGCGAGAGUUACAGUGGCAUAUGCCAAGUGCGCAUUGACAGGUUCAAGCAGAGUAUUACAUAUAUUCCUGCUACGAGGGACCUGAUCAGCGCAUUGGAUGUGUGUCGGCUAGCGGAUUUCGUCGUCUUUGUCGUUUCCUCUGAUGAGGAAGCUUUGGACGAAACGGCCCAGGUUCUUCUCAAAGCAGUAGAAGGUCAGGGUAUCUCCAAUAUCAUGUCACUUGUGCAGGGACUUGAGAAAAUACCAACCCCGAAAAAGAGAACACAAGUUGUCACUUCGCUAAAAUCUUCGCUAACACGGUACUUUCCCAGCCUUGAUAAGGUCCACUCUCUCGACUCUAGACAGGAUUGUUCGAACGUCAUUCGAGGCCUUUGCACUGCAACUCCCAAGGGCAUACACUGGAGAGAUGACCGGAGUUGGAUGUUGAUCGAAAAUGUGGAAUGGCCUGCAUCCUCGACAGAGGAAACUGGUGAUGUUGUGGUUACAGGUGUUGUUCGAGGGAAGGGUCUCAAGGCAGACCGACUAGUACACAUUCCGACAUGGGGAGAUUUCCAGAUAUCAUCAAUCACCAAGGUACCGCUCCCGUCGCGCAAGAAGGACGAUGCAAUGACUAUUGAUGAUACCGUGAAUGAAGAAGUUGUGGAUGAACCGACUGAAGAUGCCGAGGAUCUCACCAUUGUAGCUCCGGAAGAAGUAAUCAUGACAGACGAUACCCCUUCAAUGCUUGAACAGGAGAAAAAAGGUGUCUUGCUUGACGAUCACCAUUACUUUUCAGACGAAGACGAACCAACAGCAUAUGAGAUACCCAAGAGAAUACCCCGUGGUACAUCAAAAUACCAGUCCGCUUGGUAUCUCGAUGACUUUUCAGAUUCGGGGUCUGAUCUUAUGGACGAAGAGCACGACGAUGACGAGGAAAUGAUGGACAUGGAAGAAGGCCGGCCUGAGGAUGGUGUUUUCCCUGAUAACAGAGAUGUAAUGACUGAAGGUGGCGGUACCGAAUACCCACAAUCCGAGAUGUUCCUAGAUCCUUCCCCAGAGGAAGAAGCCAAACAGAUAGAGGAGUACCGAGCCAGCAAGAAGAGUGAGGCUCAGGAGGACCUUGAAUUCCCAGACGAAAUCGAACUUCAUCCCAACACACUAGCGAGAGAGCGUCUGGCGCGGUAUCGCGGGCUGAGGAGUCUCAAAACCAGCAAGUGGGAGACCGAGGAGGACAGGGCGCAUGAGCCAGAGGACUGGCGCCGCCUAUUACAGGUUCCAGACUACAAGGGAGCACGCAACCAGUGUAUACGUGAGGCUCUCGUUGGCGGUGCAAAGCCUGGAACCAAAGUGAACGUACACCUCCGUGCCGUUCCCUUGAGCCUGCAGCAACGCAACCCAUCCCCGAUUUCUCUCUUCUCGUUACUGCGUCAUGAGCACAAGCAUGCAGUUGUCAACGUUAAUGUGACACUGAACUCAACAGUGGAAUCACCUAUAAAGUCAAAGGAGGAACUGAUCUUCCAAUGCGGUCCUCGUCGGCUGCUGGUCAAACCCAUCUUCUCUUCUGCCGGAACAACACCCAACAACGUGCACAAAUUCGAUAGAUUCAUCCACCCUGGCCGCAAUGCAGUGGCUACCUUCAUCGGACCUAUAUCCUGGGGCUCCAUCCCCGUACUCAUCUUCAGACGCACAUCUGUGGCUGACCCAGAAGUCCUUGACGGAAGCGACGAAGCUAACACCAAGCCCGGUGCCUUAGAGCUCAUCGGAACAGGGACAUCCAUGGCCCCAGACCACGCUCGUGUGGUAGCCAAACGAGUCAUCCUCACCGGCCACCCAUACAAGAUCCACAAGAAGCUGGUCACCGUCCGCUACAUGUUCUUCAACGCAGAGGACAUUGCAUGGUUCAAAGCCCUUCAGCUCUGGACCCGACGUGGGCGCACCGGCUACAUCAAGGAGAGCCUGGGAACCCAUGGCUACUUCAAGGCCACGUUCGAUGCAAAGAUCAACCCGCAGGACUCUAUUGGAAUCAGUUUGUACAAGCGCAUCUUCCCUCGGAAAGCCGUGGAAUUGGACGCUCUUGGUUAA